CAACUUGUUCAUGUCAGCCUUUUUCGCCCUGGCCGCCGUGGUGCAGGUGAAUGAUCCAGAUGCAGAGUUCUGGGUGAACCUACUCAGGCAGCUUUACACAAAGUGCAUCAUCUUUAACAUCACUGCCUUGAGAUGCCAUCCGAGGUAAAAGUAAAAAGGAAUUCAACCAAACCCUCUCUAGGUAUAGUUAUGUGCCCGGCGCCUGAGCGUUCCACCUCACCUGUGUAUGGAUAAUGGCAAACAGGCCACACCUUCUGACUGGCGUCCUCCCUCAUUUCCACUCAGCCCUUCCUCACUUCCUCUGACAAACAGCCUUCUAACUCUUGUGCCUGCCUCCCGUUGCCUGUUCCUAGGUCAUCUGCAUGUCACUGUCCGCUUCUAAACAUUUGUUAUUCCUCAAACUAAGUUGGAGAGCCUCUAUUUGGUCUUUAGGCGCAUUGUAGCACAGCCCCGCCCACAUCUCCAGCAUGGCCUUUGAAGUCUAGUUCAGAAACCAUGGCUAUUUGACCGUGCUCCUAGUGCUGUCACUGUCUGCCCAGGCUUCCAGGACUGUCUCAGAAGCUGUCUCACCCAAAAAGCAGUUACUCUGCCUCUGCCCCAGAGGAUCUGACCAUCUUUCCUUUGAAUUCUUAUUGUAGUAACAACUCCUUUGGCUUGUGUUCUGUGCAGCCCGCUGCCAGGAGGACAAAGACACGUUCUUUUCUUUUCUUGGGAGCCUUACCAAAAGCUUCCUCAUAGAAUUCCUGCCAUGGAAAGUGUAGAAUGAACGGAUGUACGGGUGAAUACUAGUACAAUACUCUCCGGGCUCUGAGGACUAGGAUUUCACCCAGCUCAUUUCCGUGGUUCCUGCUUCCCCUGGUUCAUGGAGGCUAUCUGCAUAGGAUGCUCGCAGAGGCAAAUAAUGGAAUAUGGAUUGCAACAAUAGUUUAUAAAAAUACAGAACAUGUCACUUAAGAAACUCAGGUGGUUGCUUGAUGGCCAUCAGUGACACAAACAACUUGGGCUUUCUCUUCUGAGCCGCCCUCAUGUUUCCAGAACAGUUGCUGCAGCUCCAGACCCCCAGUCCCCAGAGAAGUAAAUCUAAUGCAAUAAGAAUCAGAGCCGGGGUAAGACGGUUUUCCUCCUGUGCUUUCAUUCCUUAAGUUACAGAGAAAAUGGUUUCCAAGGAGCCCCUUGGACAGGAGCUCUUCAGUUUUCACAAAUCAGCAUGCCAUGUUGUUGAGGUCCCAAUCUGAUGCCUAAGCAACCGUGCUUUGUAUGUAAUUAACUGGGACCCUGGAAGACAUCACCUAACAUUAUUUCAGGACAUGAGCCAUUUCUAGCUGCCAAAGACGUUGAAAACAUAGUUUUGCAGUAGACAAGAAUUAGAAAUGAGUCCAGGGUACUCUACGACGCCAUGGAAUUAAGUUCUGUUAAGUGAGCUCUAUGAUACCUACAGUUUUUCCAUCGUAAAAAAUCAACAAAGGACUGGCAAGAUGGCUCAGUGAGUAGAGGCACUCGCCCCAAAGCCUGACAAGCUGAUUUUGGUCCUGGUGACCCACAUAAAAGUAGAAGGAGAGGACUAACCCCACAAAGUUGUCCUCUGACCACAACACAUACAUUGCACACACAGAUACACACAAACACCAUUUAUUUACUUGUUUAACAAUAAACUAAUUACAUUUAUUAAAUCCCAACAGCUACAGAAAAAAAAAAACAUUACAAAUGGAUUGUACUGGGUUUAUAUCUUUGCUGAGCAUUGUUUUAGCUUGUACAUUAGAAGCAGUUCUUUUCAGUCUCUCUGCCCUCAGUGUUUUUCAUCUUCUUCCAUUAUAGAUAGGGGAAAGCAUUUUAAUAAGGAUUACCACAUCACAAUUGCCGUAAGAGACUUACUUAGUUUAAAGGAUAAAUUUGUUCAUAUGUGUAUAAGACACUGUAAUAAGGCUGUGCAAUCUGUUAAGACAGAAAUCCAUGCAUUUGUAUGCACAUUUAAAAAAUCUAUGCCAAACAUUUCUCAUAGAGCACAAUUGUAUGGUGUGUGCUUGCCUGUUGUCUUCUGUCUCUAGUUCUCUCUGUCCCCGUCUGUCUCACUCCUGGGGGCUGAGUCAUAGUUUUCCAUGCGGACUGACCCAGAUGUCCUCAGAAGAGCAGUAGUGGCCCCUCCAGGGACUUGUCAGAAAGGCAGAAUGCUGAGACCUCCUGUAGACCUCCCCAGUCCGCACCUGCAUUUAAACAAACCCCCAGGUGAUUUCUUCAUGCUAAAGACUGGCUAGUGGAGGUCUACCCGAAAAGAGCGUGACUGCCCAUCUGCCACGGACAACUUGACUUGCAGCUACCCACUGGCCGAUAUUCCAGUCAUGAGCCGGGAUGGAGCAGGAAAGACGGAUCCAAAUGCCAACUCUGUGAUCCAAACGCUUGCUGGGCUCAAGGUGGUGUAUAUGAUCCCUGCGUUGCUUACCCUGCUUGUUGGGUUUAAUCCUCUUGUCACAGGUAAUUUCGUCUGGAGGAGUGUGUCUGUGAUACACAUGCUGUUCUGCGGGCUGUGGGCCGGCGGCUUGGCACACCACUUCCUGCGCCAUGCACAGCAGAGCAUCCUAAACGAGGAAGAAGGCAGAGAGCUGUCUGGCCUGGUGAUCAUCACAGCCUGGAUGGCACUGUGUCACAGCUCAGCUAAGAAUCCAGUUGGUGGAAGAAUGCGCUUGGCUAUUGCUGUUGCGAUCGCUCUUUUCCCACUCAUUUCAUGGGUCUACGUAUACGGAAAUAAGGAGAUGCGGUCCUCCUGGCCAGCUCACUGCAAGACAGUCAUCUAGAUGAACUCAAUAGCGUUUAAAUUAGUAUUUUCAAUAUUUUAUACACAUUAGGUACAAAUAAGCCAGGAAAUAGGAGUUUCCCGGUUUAUUUCAAGAAAUCUGAGUGAAUACUAGAGAUGAUUCAAAGUCUUGAGAAUUUAACUGGACAGAUGAGAAGUGGGCCCUGAGUCUCCUCUUCUCUCACAGCAGUGGAACAGGCACUGAGCAGAAAUUUGAGCUUGAAUUCAGCCUUCGUGCUAUGUGACUGGGGCAAAACCAGACUCUCUUGGUGGAUAGAUAUUUCCUCGUAUAUAAAGUAGGAUGUCAGAUCUCCUUGGUUACUGCAGCCGAACAGACGUGAAGGUACCCAGAGAAGAUAGAGUGUGCAGAUUACAAAGGACUGUUUGUGAUUAUAGAGAGAGGGGGCAGAGGUUGGGAAAUAUGCGGACACAGCAGUCAAUUCAGGAAAAGACUGUAAUUCCUGGCUUGGUGACAUCAACUACAGAAAACUCUAGGACAUGUGAGUCAAAUGAUAGGCUUGUCCUGCAAUGGAAGUAGAAAACCGUAGAAAUUAAAGUAUAGAAAAGAUUUAGAAUAUAGAAAAGAUGGAUAGGGAAUAUUAAUCAUUUCUUAUUCUCAGUGAAAAAUGAGAUGGAAAUCGAUGUGCUUUUAAUGAAUAUUGAUGUGACCGUACUGAGAGCACUGUAGGGUGACACCAUCCAGAGCAGCCACGUUACUGAGCACUUGACUUGUGGGCAGGGUGACCAAAGAAGUAAACUCGUAACUUUGUACUUUUAUUAGCAGGUACUCAAUUGCCAGAAAAAGUUGUGUGCUUGGAAUGACAUGCGUAUGUGCGCAUGCAUGAAGUAUGUCGAAGAGUUUAGAGUCAGGAGACGGUGCUCCAGUACAAAACAAUAAAGUUUAGAGAUAUAAACACAGAUUGUAUUUUAUACUGAUUAUAUAUGCUGAAAAUAAUUUUGAGAUAAAUUAAGCCAAAUAAAAUAUAUUAUAUUUACUUUUUAAA